UUUCCGUCAGGCGUAUAUUCUGCCUGCUCGAUUGAAGGGUCCUUCGCUGGAGGUGACAUUCAUUGAAGGGCCCCGGUUUGUGGAGAGAAGCGGCGAAUAAAUCUUCACAGUUCACAGAAAUCAUGGCCCAGGCGGUACAGAAAUUGGUGGCUAAAGUGCCAACGUUGGUCGGCGCUGCUGUGAACUACUCCAAGCCCCGGCUAGCCACAUUCUGGUAUUACGCCCGUGUGGAGCUGGUGCCUCCCACCCCUGCCGAGAUCCCCAAGGCCAUCAGCGGCUUCCAAGAUCUCCUCAAGAGCUUCCAGUCAGGACGGCUCGGUCAGACCACAGUCAGGGAUGCUCUGAGGAAUGGACUUGUUACCACAGAAGUUCUGAUGUGGUUCUACAUCGGGGAGAUCAUUGGGAAGGGAGGCAUUAUUGGCUAUGAUGUAUAAAUGUGGACUGUCCUGUUUGCCUUUUCUCGUUGCUUUUGUCUGUUCCCUUCUUUAUCAGAAUUCUUGGAAUCCAGGAACUAAAUAAAUGAAUAUUAUUGAAGAAAGAA